AUGGACACAUACAGAUAUCCCAACCUAACCAUCAUUGAGGAAGAUGAAAACACCAAGGUCAAGACGACACUGCUUCAACGCUUUAUCAUCGCAACAUUUCCGAAACAAGUGGCAGGCACCGUUUCAAUUCACGACAUCCAGGCAGCCAUUCAGCUCCAAUAUAACGCUCACGUCUACCUUCAUAACAUAUCAGCAUUUGGCUCCGACUUUCUACUGAACAUAUACCCACAAAAUCUACAUACAGCCAUGCUAUACAUAGAUAUGCUCCCAAUCAACCCCAGACUUAUUCCCUGGAAUCCAGAAUAUGGGUGCACUAAAGUCCCAGCACACACACAGCCCACAAGCCCAUUUCGCCUCAACUACAGCACCAUUUCUCACGACAGGUGGGAACCACUCAGACAGCUACUAAUAGACAUUCAUGGCAUUCCAACGCACCUAUGCAGCGACACAACAGUGAGAGCACUUCUCCAGGACGCAUGUAACGUCAAACAAAUCUCAUUUUCCACCACAGACCACGUAUACACAGUCACUGCAGAAACACAUAGCCUUCACAUGAUACCCUCAGUAGCUCAUUUGGGUGUCAAAAAGUUCGAAAGAGGUCAGCCUUUCUUACAUAUUUGGCCCCUUUGGCUGGAUCCAACUAACUUCACCUCUGAAGAUGACUUCCACAUGAAGAUCCUACAAGACCAGGAGGAUGCAAAACUAGCCCCAGCGACAUGCUCCCCGCUGACUACGGUGAUCAUGAAGAUGACAGGCCUCCCUCUGAGUCCACAGGCCAGGAUUCAGGCCGUCACGUUCUUUGCUCCCUACAGGUUCACCGCCCAGCGCAGCACCCUCACGGCUAGACGCAGUGUCCUCACAACCAGGCGCAACGGCCUCCUAGCUGGACGCUGCCCCUCCCGCAUAGCCACGAGCACCACGCUCAAGCUCAACCGCUCAAGUGAGGAAACAUUCCAUGGCUUCUCUUCAUGGGACACUACUGUGGAAAUCGGCCCAAAUCGCAUUCCAUUCCGCGUGUAG